GGACCGAUUAAACAUCGCUAUGGCCACACCCAAAAACUGCCCCCGCUGAGAGCCUGUUUCCUUGUGCACCAACAAAAGCUACACAGAUAAUUCCCCCACACCAGAAUGAAUGGUCCAGAUUUGAUAGCUUUGAAAUCGGACGACCCACGGCAGAAGGUUUCAACGCGCCCCUUCAACGUGCGCCAUCCCCAGUUCCCCACCCGCCGCCGCGGUUCGAAUCCCUCUCGCUGGCUCGCUUCGUCUCCUAUCCUAUCUCGACCAAAAAAAAAAUCCACGCGGCCUGUGCCUCGCCGGCGUCUCCUCUCACUGGCCCGCCGCCUGUGUGUUUGCCCACGAGGCCUGCGCCUCGCCCACGCCGCCGUCAGGGGCGGAGGAACGGCCUCUGCGCCUGGCGUGCGGGCCGGCCGCCGUGCGGCGCAGGCAGCUGCCCUCAGGGGCGGGGGAACGGCCUCCGCGCCCGGCGUGCGGGACGACCGCCGUGCGGCGCGGGUGGCUCAAGGGGCUAUGCCCAGGACGUGCGGCGCGAGCGGCGGAAGGGGCUACGCGGCCGCCGUGCGCGUGCGCCGCGACUUGGGCAGUCGCCAUGCGCCGCGGCACACGGACGGCAGGGGCGGGUGAAGGGGCUCCGGGGUGCGGCACCCCCUCCACGGCCGGCGUGCCGCGCGGUGUCGGCCCACGGCUCGAUAACCGGCCACCGACGGCGUCGCGGAUAGGGAAGGGGCUCCGCACCCUCCAACGAUUGGUCGACUUGCUCCAGAUUGGGCGUGGGGCGCGGCUAGUUUCAGCGCUGUCCCCAACGUCCCACUCCUCACCAACGGCCAGAUGGUCGACAACAUCCUGGCGGAGCAGCAUGCGCUCAUGCCGUCCUACAUGGGCGGCUGCGGCGGCGGAGGUGGAGGCAAGAGGAUCCAUCCGCUCCCCUUCGCAGAUCCAAGCCUUCCAGUGCAACCGAGAUCCAUGGACCCGUGGAGUGUGGCUUGGGGCGACCUGGAUGGAGUGCUGGAAGAAGAACCAGGUGCGCCAGCAGCAUGACAGGAGCGAGGGCGGCUGUGAUUGGGACGGCGAGGAUGGUCGAUGCUGAUCUGGCGCUGUAUGUGCUGAGCUCAUCCACGCUUGUCUGUUGACCACUAGCUUCCUGCUGCUUUGAUUACUCUUCUUUCCGCUCUGAGGGUGCACUAGAAUUGGAGUAGUACACAAGUUAGCGUAUGGUAGCUGCUUGCACUAAAUGUAUCCCACUUAACUGCACAAUGCCGGUCUUUAUUAAACUGCAAAUCUCCAGCUAAACAUACAUAAACCUGAUAUCCAUUCUCAUAAUGCAGUAAAGGGCUUUUAAUCACAACAUUUCUGAAAAUCUGCAGGCAAGUUUGUAGCUUUGUUAUUUACAGUACUUGGUAGAUGCUGCAUGGCCAUUUAGCUGGAGAGAAUCCGGAAUGCUUGUAGAAUAAGAUGUGUACAACUGCAGUACCAUUUUACAGAUAAUUUCUCUUUUCUUGAUGUAAUCCUCCUGUUUGUUACUGCCAUUCAAACUAUUGUUUGUUCCCUUGCUUGUUGUGUAACUUUAUUGAUAUAAUAAUGGCAUAACCAUUUUACCAUCAGUGCAUAAUAUAUCUACUGAAAUUAGCUUGUUAA